AUGGAGCCGUAUGUGCUGCUCGACCCGCGACAGAGAGCACUGUAUCGCGACGUGAUGCAGGAGAGCUAUGAGACGCUGAUGGCGCUGGAAUUCCCUGUUUCCAAGCCCGAUCUGCUGUCCCGCCUAGACCAUGGGAAUGAACCUACAGCCCUGGAUCUCCAUGUGCCCAGGGACACCUUGGCCACAGAGGAUGGAGCAGGAGUGGAGCAGGAACCCCCUCGAGAAGAAGCUGUUGAGAAAGAGCCUGAAGUAGUGAAACCUGCAGGUGAGGAGCAUCCUUCGAGCCCCGCCGAGGCUGGGGUGAAGGCAAGCAGGAGUGGGGGACUGGGGGAGACGGCCACGCGCCCAGGUGAGAGCCAACCCAGCAACACGUGUAGCGAGUGCGGGAAGAGCUUCAGCCACAAGUCAGCCCUGGUGAAGCACCAGAAGAUCCACACUGGCGACCGCCCGCACGAAUGUCCUGACUGCGGCAAGUGCUUCAUCCAGCGCUCAGACCUCACCAUCCACCAGCGGGUCCAUACGGGCGAGCGGCCCUAUGCCUGCCCUGACUGUGGGCGCCGCUUCAGUGUCAGCUCCUCCUUGCUCACCCACCAGCGUACCCACGCACCCGGCGGGGAGAAACCCAACCGUUGCCCCCAGUGCGGCCGCAGCUUUGCUGAUCCAGGAGCCCUCGAUCGGCAUCAGAAGAGCCACCUGGGCGGGAAACCCUAUGAGUGUGGCGUGUGUGGGAAAGCCUUCGCCUGGAGCUCCCACCUCGAGCGGCAUCGGCGCAUCCACACCGGUGAGAAGCCCUUCCAGUGUGCUGAAUGCGGGCGAGCCUUUGCCUGGAGCUCCCACCUCGACCGCCACAUGCGCACCCACACUGGCAGCCCCCCGCGGCCCUUCCGCUGUGAGCAGUGCGGCAAAUGCUUCGGCCAGAGCUCUAACCUCCUCAAGCACCAACGCGUCCACACCAGUGAGCGGCCAUACCCCUGCCCGGAUUGCAAACAGUGCUUCCGCUGGGGCUCAGCCCUGGCCAAGCACCAGCGCAUCCAUGCCCGGCAGCAGCAAGCCAGUGGCAAACCCUACCCGUGCGGGGCGUGUGGGAAGAGUUUCGGCUGGGUCUCGCACCUGGAGCGUCAUCGCCGCAUCCACACUGGAGAGAAGCCCUUCCGCUGCGGGGAGUGCGGGCGGGCGUUCGCCGUCAGCUCCCACCUGGAACGGCACCGCCGGGUGCAUACCGGCGAGCGGCCCUACCGUUGUGGCGAGUGCGGGAAGAGCUUCGCCGUCAGCUCCACCUUGCUGGCUCAUCGCCGCACCCAUGCUGCCCAGCCAGGCCGGCCCCACGCCUGCCCUGAGUGUGGUAAGUGUUUUAGCACACCAGCCAGCUUGGAGCGGCACCGGCGGCUUCACCGGGGUGAGAAACCCUACCAGUGCGGUGUCUGCGGCAAAGGCUUUGCCUGGAGCUCCCACUACGACCGGCACCGGCUCACCCACACUGGCGAGAAACCCUUCUCCUGCGCCCACUGUGGCAAAUGCUUCGGCCGCAGCUCCCACCGCAACCGGCACCAGCGUGCCCACACCCAUGGUGGGGACAAACCCUACAAAUGCCCUGACUGCGGGAAGGGUUUUGGGCACAGCUCGGCGCUGGUGACGCACCGUCGCAUCCAUACGGGUGAGAAGCCCUACCAGUGUGCUGAUUGCGGCAAAAGCUUCAACGUGGUUUCCAACUUGGUGCGCCACCGGCGGAGCCACACUGGGGAGAAGCCCUACAAAUGCCCCGACUGUGGCCGGCGUUGCAGUCAGCGUUCCCACCUGGUGACCCACCGCCGGUUGCACACAGGGGAGCGCCCGUACCCAUGCCGGGAGUGCGGGAAGAGCUUCAAUGUCAGCUCUGAUCUCAUCAAACAUCGCCGCACCCACACUGGGGAGAAGCCCUAUGAGUGCUGCGACUGCGGGAAGCGUUUCAGCGGCAGUUCCAACCUCAUCACCCACCAGCGGCUGCACAGUGGCGAGCGGCCUUACACCUGUGCCGACUGCGGCAAGGGCUUCACCAUCAGCUCCAAGCUCAUCGCCCACCAACGGACGCACAGUGGUGAGCGACCCUACAGCUGUGCUGACUGCGGCAAGGGCUUCAGCGACCGACCCCACCUCAUCCAGCACCGCAGUGCCAGCUGGCGGGAGAAGCGCUACAAGUGCUCCGAGUGUGGCAAGGUCUUCACCACCAGCUCCUACCUCCUCACCCACCAGCGCAGCCACACUGGGGAGACGCCAUUCCUCUGCAGCGUGUGCGGCAAGAGCUUCGCGGUGGUCUCCAACCUGGCGCGGCACCGGCGUGUGCACACUGGGGAGAAGCCGUUUCGGUGCGGGGAGUGCGGACGGCAGUACAGCCAACGGGCUCACCUCACCACCCACCAGCGGGUCCACACUGGCGAGCGACCCUAUGUCUGUGAGGAUUGUGGGAAAGGCUUCAAUGUCAAUUCGUCCCUCACCAAGCACCGGCGGGUGCACACUGGGGAGAAGCCCUACCACUGCCCCGACUGCGGGAAGAGCUUCAGCCAGAGCUCCAAUGUCAUCACGCACCGGCGGCUCCACCACGACGACGCGGGAGAGAAACCUUUCAAGUGCCUCGAGUGCGGGAGAAGCUUCACGCGGAGCUCGGACCUCAUUGUCCACCAGCGAACCCACACAGGAGAAAAACCCUACCAGUGCCCCGAGUGCGGGAGAUGCUUCAACAGGAGCUCCAGCCUCGUGAUGCACCGGAGGAUGCACACCGGCGAGAAAACGUACAAGUGCCUCGAGUGCGGGAAAAGCUUCACGCGGAGCUCGACGUUGACCACCCACCAGAGAACCCACACGGGAGAAAAGCCCUACCCGUGCUGCGAGUGCGGGAAGCACUUCAGCAAAAGGUCAAACCUCAUGAAACACCAGCGGCAACACACCGGAGAGAGACCAUAUCGAUGCCCCGACUGCGGGAAAAGCUUCAUACAGAGCUCAGAUCUCAUAGUCCACCAACGAACCCAUACGGGAGAAAAGCCCUACCAGUGCUUGGAGUGUGGGAAACGCUUUGGCGUGCGAUCCAAGAUGAUUCAGCACCAGCGCGUGCACACGGGGGAGAAGCCGUACACGUGUGGCAAGUGCGGGAAGAGCUUUGGGCAGAGCUCGCACCUUUCCGUGCACCAGAAAACUCACAGAGGAGAGAAAUCGUACAUGUGCAACGAGUGUGGAAGGAGCUUCGGACAGAGCUCCAACCUUAUCGUGCACCGGCGGAUCCAUACCGGAGAGAAACCUUACAAAUGCCACGAGUGUGGGAAGUGCUUCAGGCAGAGCUCGAACCUCAUUGUCCACCAGAAGACUCACACGGGAGAAAAGCUCUACGAGUGCCCCAAGUGCCAGAAGCGCUUCCCGGACAGGUCACUGCUCAUCAGGCACAAGAGGGUCCACAUAGGAGAAAAACCUUUUAAAUGCCAGCAGUGUGGGAAAAGCUUCAUUCACCAGUCGAGGCUUCUUGUCCACGAGAAGGCGCAUGUAGGAGAAGAACUCUACCAGUGUCCCGAGUGUGGGAAACACUUCAGGGAAAGAGCCAAGUUCCUCCAGCAUCAGCGGCGGCACGUGGGAGAGCGUCGCUACAAGUGCUACGAGUGCGGGGAGGAGUUCGGGCAGAGCUCGGAGCUCAACCUCCACCAGAGGAUCCACGUGGAGGAGAAGCUCUACCAGUGCUCGACGUGCGAGAAGUGCUUCAAGGACAGGUCCACCCUCAUCAGGCAUGAGACGGUGCACACGGGAGAGAAGCCCUACAAGUGCCAUGAGUGCGGGAAGAGGUUCACCCGCAGCUCGGACAUCAUCGUCCAUCAGCGGACACACACGGGGGAGAAACCCUUCGAGUGCCCCGAGUGCGGGAAGAGCUUCAGCCACCGCUCAAAUCUUUUCCGACACCAGAGGAUGCACACGGGGGAGAAGCCGUAUAAGUGUGAAGAGUGCGGGAAGCGAUUCGGGCAAAGCUCAGAGCUUAUCGUCCACCAGCGGACCCACACCGGGGAGAAGCCCUACCACUGCUCCGAGUGUGAGAAGUUCUUCAGGGGGAGGUCAACCCUCUUCAGGCACGAGAGGCUGCACACGGGGAUCAAGCCAUACGAAUGCAGCGAGUGCGGGAAAAGCUUCGGGCAGAGCGGGGACCUCAUCGCACAUCAGCGUUUCCAUACGGGCGAGAAGCCCUACCAGUGCUCCCAGUGCAGAAAGUUCUUCAGCAACAGAUCCAGCCUCGUGCGGCAUCAGCGGCUGCACGCCGGCGAGAAGCCCUACAAGUGCCAUGAGUGCGAGAAGAGCUUCGGGCAGAGCUCGGACCUCAUCGCCCACCAGCGGACCCACACCGGGGAGAAGCCCUACCCCUGCCCGGUCUGUGGGAAGAGCUUCAGCCGGAGAUCCAACCUCAUCGUGCAUCAGCGGGUGCACAGAGGGCUUUGCAAGUGCCAGAAAUGUGGGAGAAGCUUCCAGCCCAACUCGCAUUUUGGGAUGACGACACAGCUGCCCAUGGUGGCCACCACAGCAAAGAUCUGCGGGAACACCAUGGAAAUGGUGGUGGUUUCCACCUUUUACUUUGACGUAGCCAUCCUAUAA